AUGUGGUAUCCAUCUCAACAACAGCAUCACAAUCAGCAACAACGCUGGCAUGGUUAUAACCAUCAUCUUUCAACACAGCAACAACAACAAAACUAUUCGAGAACUUCAUAUUAUUGUAAUUCUGACGAAUCGUUGACUACAAAUCAAGCAACAACUACUUAUGUAGUGUCAAGAAAUGAUGAGAAUGAAUCAUUUAUCCAUUAUCAUCAAAAUCGACCUGAUGAUGUUUAUGCAACUGGUACAGACUAUUACGUGACUACUUCUACCGGUUCUUAUAGUGAUGAGAUGUCGUCAUCAUCCUUACCUUAUCAUACUCCAAAUACCCAUUGGAAUCCAGUCAUUGCUGCACCGACAAAAACAUUCAUAAUGACAAAUAGUACGAACCAAAAUCAUAUUACUAAUGUUACACCGUCCUCUUCCCCUACUUCGUCAUCCUCAUCACCCUCAUCACCCUCCUCCUCAUCAUCUUCAUCAGCUUGUUGGGAUUGGUUACUUUAUCCUCCGGAAAUUUAUUCACAUUUAUACAUACCUUCAUCGUCUUUCAUUCAACAGCAACCACAAGAUGAAGAUUUUGAUUUAUUAGCGAGUUUACCAACAUGGUUACUUGCUUUACUUUAUCCAUCAAUGAAACAAAUAUAUACAACGGACGAUGAGAAUGAUAGUGAUCAAGAGAUUAGUUCUCUUAAUAAUAAUUAUGACGAGCCAUUAUUAUCGAUUAAUGUCGAUAAAAAAAUUAAUCAUGUCUCGUCAAAUUUAUCCUUAUCGUCCGAAAAUACUGUUAGUGGUCAAAAAUUACAACAAAAUCGUUCAUCAACACCAGAUACAGAUGAUGGUUAUCAAUCAGCUAGUGAUGCUAGUCGUAGUGAUUAUUCACAACAAUCAUCAUUACAUUAUGAUCAUCAUAAUAGUAAAGAUGAUAUAACAAUUAAUGUGCCUUCAUCACUUAUGCCAAGACGUAUAUCUUAUGCAGCUGCUGUUAAACCAAUAACAACACCAAUAAUUACAAAUAAUAAAACAAGUCCAUUAACAACACCAAUUAUUAAAACGAAGAAUAAUUCUUCAUCAUCAUCAUCAUUAAUAACAAAUGAUUUAUUAAAUAAUAAUGGUCAAAAAUUAAAAUUUAUUGCUCCACGUUUUGAACGAAUGCAUCAUGCUAAGCAAUAUCCAUCUACAACUACUACAACGACGACGACGAUACAUAGAGAUUCGUCGUCGUCGUCAUCUUCUACAUCAUUAACAAAUCGAACACAAAUUCGUUCAAAUAAUAAUAAUAAUCAUAAUAAUAAUCAACGCAAUUAUGUUCUUAAUUCAACACGACGUCGUUAA